AACUAAUUUGAAAAUAUUUGCCCAAAGUAAAGGUUGUAGCCUAUAACAUGUUUUGGCAUUAGUAUUUAUUAGCAGAAGAUUAAGGAGGCAAAUGAUCAUCUGGGGGAUUUAAGUACAAUUAAUGCCCUGUUUCAGUGAAUUUUCAGAUGUGGGGUCUUUUCCAACAUGCUUAAUUCUUUUUUAAUUGUGAAGGAAUUUGCAUAAAAGUUGUUACUAUUAAUUUAUAUAUAGUAGUAGAAGUAAAGACUCAAGAUACCAUCUGAACUUGGGGGAUUUAAUUUUUCUAAUGAUGUUUGUUUAUUUCUUAGUUCUUACACAUUACAAGCUAAGGGCUUCUAUAUUUUCUCACCAAUCUUCCGUCUAAUGGUUCAUAACUGGCUCGUUGCUAAUCAUAUAUUGUUGAUUUGAAUACCAAAUUGUGGAUAGUGUAAUUUGUUUUUUUUUUGUUAGUUUUUUGGCUAAGAACUUUUGGCUCAUGAUAAUAGAACUUGCAAAAUUGUAAUACUAGUGUUCUUUGUUGUCUGGAAAUGAGCAUAUUUGUUUCUUUCCUUUCUAAAUUUGGAAAUGGUUCUUUCUUUCGGUAUGCUACAUUUAAAAGGAGUAUUAAUUGAAUCUUGUUUUGUAGGAAUUGUCUUAAAUCUUGUGAAUCGGAUGGAUAAGUUUGUCACCAGGUUAAAACGCGGACAACCAAGCUCUAGUUCUACUAUUCCACCUGUUACUUCAUCCAUACCUUCGGAAGUUCAGAGGGAUACAAAUCCUUCAAAUAUCAAUUUCAAUUAUUUGAAAGCAGACCCGGCAAACAGAAGGCCUAUUGCAGAAUAUGACCCUAAUAUACGUGAUGAAGUUAGAAGAUAUUAUAUUCAAAAAGGACCUUGUUAGCCUAUGAAUCAUUAUUUUCCUAAAACUCAGUUUGGGAAGAAAAAGAAAACAAUGCGUCAGUUUCAUCCUGGUUGGUUCAAAGGUCGACAUUCCAAGUGGUUAGAGUACAGUAUAUCAAAAGAUGCUGCUUAUUGUUUGUGUUGCUAUUUGUUUAAAAAUGAGCAUGAUGUUCGUGGAAAUAUGGGAGAUGCUUUUACGAAAAAGGGUUAUAAGGGUUGGAACAAGGCUAAGGAAAGAUUCAAAUCUCAUAUUGGAGAGGUAAAUAGCAUCCACAACAAGUGUUUCAACAUGAUGAUUGAUUUGAUAAAUCAAUCACAAUCAAUUUGCACUUGUUUUGACAAGCGUAAGGAGAAAGACAAAAAUGAAUCUCGACAUCGCUUGGGUGCUUCAAUUGAUGUGGCAAGGUUUCUCUUAAGAUUAGGAUUGCCGUUUCGUGGUCAUGAUGAGAGCAUAUCAUCUACAAAUAGAGGUAUAUUUCUUGAACUUUUGCAAUGGUAUGGAGCCAUGAAUCAGGAAGUUGGAAGCAUUAUAUUACAAAAUGCUCCAAAAAAUGAAAUGAUGUGUUGUCCAAAAAUUCAAAAAGAUAUUGUUGAUGCUUGUGCAAAAGAAACAAUCAGAGCUAUUAUUGAAGACUUGGAUGGUGAUUAUUUCGGAAUACUGGUUGAUGAAUCGAAGGAUAUAUCACACAAGGAGCAAAUGGCACUUGUUCUACGAUAUGUUGACAAAAAAGGUGAAGUGAUAGAGCGAUUUGUUGGUAUUGUCCAUGUUAAUGAUACAUCUGCACGAUCAAUGAAGGAAGCAAUCUAUUCUUUUCUUUCGGAUCACUCAUUAAGUCCAUCCCAAAUACGUGGGCAAGGUUAUGAUGGUGCUAGUAACAUGCAAGGAGAACUAAAUGGUCUUAAAAGUUUAAUUUUGCGUGAUACUCCAUCUGCAUAUUCCACCCAUUGUUUUGCUCACCAAUUGCAGUUGACACUUGUGGCUCUUGCGAAGAAAAAUACAGAUGUGGAUGAUUUUUUUUUGUAUAGUUACUAAUGUAUUGAAUAUUGUUGGAGCAUCUUAUAAGCGCAGGGAUUUUCUCAGACAACAUCAAGCUGCAAAGUUAGAAGAGUUGCUCAUUUCUGGUGAAGUGCACACAGGACGGGGACUAAAUCAAGAACGUGGGCUUCAACGACCAGUUCUGAAGAAGACAAAUUAUUUGAACUGCUCAUUACAGAAGAUGGAUCAAGAUAUUGUCAAUGCUAUGGGGCUGCUCAAUACUGCAAAGCAAGAAUUGCAAAUGAUGAGGGAUAGGGGAUGGAAAUCAUUACUCGAUGAUGCCUUUUCUUUUUGUAAUAACCAUGAGAUAUUUAUUCCGAAGAUGGAUGCUAACUACAUUCCUGGGAAGUCGAAACGUAGAGCUCUUGAUGUUACAUAUUCUCAUCAUUUUCGUGUUGGAAUUUUUUAUCCUGUUAUUGAUUUGCUGCUUCAGGAGCUUAAUAAUCGUUUCGACACUGUUAGUACUGAUUUACUUCUUGGUAUGGCUUGUUUACAUCCAGCUAAGUCAUUUGGUAAUUUUGAUAAGAAAAAGGUAAUGAGGUUGGCUGAAUAUUAUCCGAAUGAGUUUGAUAGCAACAAGCUUCGAGAUCUCAGUUGCCAACUUGAUAAUUUCAUAGUGUAUGUUCGAGGUUCUGAUAAGAGAUUUUUCAAUAUGAAGGGUAUUACUGAUCUUGCUAAAGUACUGGUUCAAUCAGAAUUGCAUCAGACCUGACCACUUGUUUAUUUGCUUAUCAAGUUGACUCUUAUUCUUCCAGUUGCUACUGCUUCUGUGGAACGAGCUUUCUCAUCGAUGAAGUACAUCAAAAAUGAACUCCGCAGCAGUAUGAGUGAUGAAUUUUUAAAUGGUUGUUUAGUCUGCUAUGUAGAGCGUGGGAUAUUUGCAACUAUAAGUAAUGAUGCUAUUAUUCAUCAUUUUCAGAAAAUGAAAAGUCGUCGAGCGCAGUUGUGAUUUGUGACUGCAGGUCUUUUUUUUGGAUUAGACUUGAGACUAAGUCUUUUUUUUUUUGGGAUCGGACUUGUGACUUCUGACUAGAAGUCUUUUUUUUAUCAGACUUGAGACUAAGUCUUUUUUUUUGGGAUCGGACUUGUGACUACUGACUAGAAGUCUUUCUUUUGUAUGAAACUUGUGAUUAAAAGCCUCUUUUGGUAAUGAUAAUAUUAGUUGCAGUUUUCUUUUAGUGUUGCAUUCAAAUAGUUGUGCAUUUAUAUUAUGUCAUCGUUAGCAACUCAUGUUAAAGAAAAUGAGGCAGCCACGACCCUGAAAUCCUGGGUCCGCCUCUGGACAGAUGAGAUAUGAGCACAACCAGUAAACUAAACUAGAGAAUUUAUUCAACAAAAUAUA